AUGGAGACGGUCGGGUGGUCCGUUGCCCACCAGGAGCGCGCGGAAAACCCGAAAGAAAUUGAGAGCAUGGCAUAUGAUGCAGAAAACACUAUGGAUAUUGAAACUGCAACGGUCAUCGCCGGAUUACAGGCGGCUCUGACACGCUCGUGGCUGCAAGACUACGCCAUUUCGUCCGGCAAGACCGCGUUCGUUGAAAAGAGCUUCUUCUGUCCGGAAUACCAGCCCCCGCCUUCCUACGACGAUGCGAUUCACGAUCUCCCUCCGGAAUACUUGGACCUCCCGCCGUCCGCGCAGCGCAAAACCCCGCUUGCUCCAGCCGCGCCAGCCGCGCCAGGGGCGAAAUCUCGUGGCCUUCCGUCUAUGCUGUGGAAAGAUCGCACUCGCGAUGUGGAUAUUGAUUUUGAGAUCCUGACGGGUCUCGGAUCCUGGUGGCGAUCAACCACCCGCCGGAGAUGGUGA